AUGUCGCCCCGGGAACAGGUGGUCGGGCUGGGGCGGCGGCCGAGCGCCCCUCCCACCCGGCCCCGGGCGCCCCAGGACCACGGCCCGGAGCCCCCGCCCCUCGUACCUUCCGCUCCCGCGGCGGCAGUCGGAGGACAAACGGGUCCCGGCCGGAGGGCAGUGCCCGCAGCGCCUCCCUCCAGCCGGGGCGGGGUCAGCACCGCUCCGCCCCGCCGCCCGCGGGUCCGGGUCCCUGCAGCCCUGCGUCACCUGCCCGCCGGCCACCAGAUGAGACGACCGAAGCUCGGAGCGGCUGCGCACGGUGAGGGUCCUGCAGGAGAGCAGGGACAGGGUGGUCCUUCGAACCCGGGUCUGCCUGGAGCCGCCGCGGCGCGCUGGGACCCGGCUAAGGAUCCCAGAGAUUUACUGAAUUUAAAUUAUUCGCUUGAGCCAGAGCCAUGUGAGGACACAGAUGAAGGCACCAUCCAGGAGAAACUGGGCCUGACCAGACUGUACUGGUGUGUUCACCUUGGACUUCCCAGCCUCCAGAAUUGUGAGAAAUAAAUUUCUGUUGUUCCUAAGCCA